AUGACAACGAUUUCUACAUAUUCUGAUAUGAUGGAAAACCAUACAGAACUUUCGAACCCAUCAACUAUUCCAUCCAGUACUACUCUACCAAUGAUAAGUGAUACGAUUGCCAGCGUAAUGGCAUACGCUAUUGCAAAACCUGUUCACCACCUUGAAGAAAGCCACACACGCAGUAAUCCAAGCCUGCAUAUCUCUGAAUCAUUGACUGGUUUGUCCAAUCAUACUAUGGAUAAUGCAGACUCGAAACAGCCGUACAAUAUAUCUGCAACUAGUACAGAAAUCGACAAUCCUCAUCAACCGUCUAUGGAUGGUAUGCCCCAUCAUUUGACACAGUGGUCUCAGCCGCCACGCGUCCAGCCACAAUCGCUGGGUCAGAUGCAUACCAACAACCAGCAGCCAGCUAGUCUGAAUUUAAAUAGUAAGAACCUGAGCAGAGCCAGCACGAUGAACUUGAAUACUGGCGUUUCCAGUAGUGAUACCCAUAUCAAACUACUUCAUCCACAGUUGAAUUCUGCAAGCAGUAGUCUCUACAGAGAUGGUAGCAUGCUCCGACAGCAACAGCAGUCCAAGGGAUCUUUUGCUCAAUUGGCAGCAGAAAGUGCAAAGCGUUUGCAGCAAAAGAAAUCAAAAUCAUCAGUAAUCUCAUCAGCAUCGGCAGUUCAACAUUUAAGAUCACCAUCGCCAGCUUUAUCUUGGGCCUCGUCCCAUUCACAUGCUUCUAGCAAGUUCGAUCCUACCUCGUCUCAGAAUCAAUCGCCCUAUAUCACACCUGCCGUGACACAUCUUGAUGUACCUUUUUCGACUGACAAUAGUGGCUGGUACGAUCCAAGCACAUCUACACAUCCGUCCCAGCCACAUAUAGGCUCUGUUCUUCCUAAUACCACAACUGCCACUUCAAAUUCGACAGAUGCCCCUAAUGCGAUGAAUACUGCAAUUAGUCAAGCCUCACUACACCAAACUCGCAUCAAAUCCAAUGCCCGCCAAUCGCUUCCUAUCAACGUCAUUCCGCCACGAAAAGAUUCGGCAGAUUUAGAUUCAGCUAAUCCAUUGAACCAAGCAGCCCCUCUACUGACUUCUGACAAUAUUAUGCAUCAGCAGUCUAGCAAACCUGAUGAUUUUACUGAUAUCCCAGCGGAGGUUGGUACAGCACGAUCGCUCCAAAGAUAUGGAUCAUCCACCAUGUGGUCUUCUACUACUGGCCGUAAACCCGUUCGCUCUCCAUUCUCCAAAGAACAUAAUAAUGUUAUUUUUUCGGGGUUCUUGUGGAAAUGCAAUCGUUUUGGCAAGUUUCAACAAAGAAUAUGUCGCUUUGAUGGGGGUAUCUUUGUAUCACUUUCUUCGAACCUUUCUUCAACUACCCCUAAAGGUGUUCCAGUGCAUGAAUACGACCCUAUCGACUCUCCGGCAGAAACAGUCAAUACUAAUUUUUCCAAUGCACUUCGAACAGGAUACCCAUACGGCUGUCCAGUUCCGGCAUUAACAAUGGGUCUGAUUGCUGGUCCAGUCGGUAGAUUCAAUCCCUCGCCAGAUAUUCAAGCACGCGCCUAUUCCGCACCCAAAUGGGUCAUUGCUGUCCAGGACAUGCAUCAAAUCCGACAAUGGGAUCCAUUGUCCCGCAAUACCAAAUCUGCAGAGUCUCGUACAUUUACUAUUGUCACAACCAGCCAUGAUGAGUAUACAUUUAGAGCAAAGACAUUGUCAGAAUGCAGGCAAUGGGUGUUUUUAUUGUCCAAAAUUAUUAUUUCAGAGCAGUCAAAACCAACACUGUUUCCUAAACUUGAAUCUUCUGUCAUAUCUGUUACAACCUCGGUCCGCGAGUCUGAAGAUGAGAUCUCUGACUCUUCAGAGCCUUUAAUUGGAGCUAGCAACGGCAAUAUUCACAAUACCACAAAUACUGCCUUUGACGCUCGGCAUUGGAGUAGUACGGCAGCAACACAGUAUCAGUUUGCUAUGAUGAGAGUGUAUGCAUCGCGACUGGAGAGCUGGAAGAAAAUGCUGUAUGCAAUCGCUAUCCAAGAGUCAAGUGCUAUUAAACACAUUACAUCUAUUCAAUGCUCACCAGUGAAUGGUAUACAGGCGUUUCAGGGAACUAUCACGGACAUGCCUGAGCUUCCAAAGCUAUCGAAACAGUCUAAAGAAACGUUGCAAACCGAACUUUUGCCUACAAGUUCUCGAUCGCAGAAUGACAUGGCAGUCACUACUGAUAGCUUCCCAUCUGUAGUUCGUUUUGAUAUGACUCCAGUGGAAAUAUCUACCAAGCCAUCUUCCAUAUUAGAGCCCUCGAACGCCGAUCAGUAUAUAUUUAGUGAUGAGGAUGAUGAUGAUGUGGACGAUGCUGGGUUUGGCAAUACAUCUCAGCUUCAUUCUGACCAUCGCAGGUCAUUUUCUAAUAUAAAUACGAAUAAUUUAAAUCAUCCACCUGUUCCUACUGUCCCCGCUCAUCUGCGAUCAAUCGAGCCAAUACCUGUUGCUAUAUCUGCUGCUACUUUAGUUUCUCCUGCCGCUUCUACUCAGCUGCCAACGGAUGAGCUAAAUUCUUUUGCAUCAACAAAAGCUGAUACCAAAUAUACCACUUCAUCUGAUUCCGAGUCAAGUCUUCGGAUCAAUACGACUGCUCAAAUGUUGGUAAACUCGUCAACACCGGCAUCUAUACUGUUAUCAGCAGACCAGCUCGUAUCUGAGAGUACAUGCACAGAUACAAUUUCAGAUACAUCUGGUGAUCAUCGCAUGUCUAUCGCUUCAUCUACUCCGUUUGGUAGCGCUCCUUUAUCUGCACAACGUCAUUCACAUCUUGCUGCUCUUGAAAACAAACCAGAUCUUCCAACGGAUCGUCAAUUAGUUGCUGACUCUAUUUCAAGUCAAAGCACUAAUCAUGUUGUAGAUCAUACUAAAAAAGCUUCUGAUUUGCUUCAAUCUGAGAUUCACCAGGAGGAAUAUCCUAUCUUGGAAAAGUAUGCUGAUAACGGAGAGGAUGGUGAUUCUGAUGGUGUUGUCAUUAUCGAAACUCUGGAAUACGACUGUACAAUUUCUAGUGAUGGUACUAGGAUGGAAGAUGCAUUUACUGACGAGGAGAGUAGAAGUAGCGCAUUUUUUUCAAAACAGUCUGAUGCUGCUUUGGCAGAACAUGCGUUUUCAAAUGAAACUGGCAACAUAACACCCAUAGAUUCCGAGACAGCACUUGUUGUUUACGAGGGAACAGUAUCUACUACUACGCCCAUCAGAUUCAGGCCGCGUAGCACUUCUCUCCGGCGUGCCUAUCGGCAUUUGCUAAAGAAAAAAUUAAGCAACGAGCAUGUCGAUCAUAUUCCAUUAGCCGAGAAUUCCACUGAUAGUACAAUUCCCAAUGCACAGGAGAAUGCAGCUGUAAUUCCAUCAUCCACUAUGGCUGAAAACAGCACUUUUCAAUAUGCCGCUCUAGAAAUGGAGCUGUAUACAAUUGGACGAAUCCCUCCAGCAGAGGCAGUACUAGAUCCCAGUUCUGUAGAUAUUCUAAAAAAUAUUAAAGUGUCUCGAACAAACCAAAAACAUAGUCAUAUUAACUUGGCUGAAAGCAUAUCUCCAAGUGUAAUCGCACCUCCGCGAACAUCUUCAAUGAAACGGAAUAUUUCAAGCAAAGCACUUUCUAGCGUCCCUACUGAUGUACCUUUACUUGACAGACAAGUCCAACCUUCUACUUCUGUACUUGCAUCCUCACAGAUCAAGACUGAUGCUUCUCGACAGCAACAAGAGUACAGAAGUAGAUCUCCACCAAAGGUUGAACCAUCACUUGAUGGUGUCAACCAUGCUUGCAAAGCUACGAUACGUCUUUUAGAUAGUUUGGCAGUGGGUGCGACAUCCAUUGAACCGUUUUUCAUCCGUGAGUUUGCCGCAAUCGCUAUACCACAUCACCAUCUGAUGUUGCGUUCAUUUGCUUUUACACAUCUUAAUGAAGAAGUGCCCGUGUUUUGUUUGCGCUAUCCAAAACAUGCACCAGAGAUUACUCAUCGCGCAGAACUACUCAACAGAGCACUGGCAGAGUUUGACGGUAUUAUGCAUGCCUGGAAUACAUGUGUUGUUAUUCCUUUAAUUAAAGACCAAGGGAUUGACGAUGCAAUUGAUCCAGAAGUUGCACUGACUUUGAGAGGAGAAGGAAAAACAGAUGCAGUUCUGGUUACUGCACUUCGAUACGUUAUACGAGAUAUUCAUGCAUAUUUUAAUACUUGA